CAGCAGCUGAGAGUGCAGAAGAGCAGGGAGGCUGGGCUCAUCGGUUUGAAGUCUCCUCUUGUGUGUCUGAGCUUGAGAGAGAAAGUGAGGAGAGGGCUUUUCGGGGGACUCCAGAGGAGGUGGAUGCCAUUUGUGGAGAUGGAAUGGGGAGUCGCCACCCCGUAAGAGCUGGGGUUUUGCUUUGAAGAGUGGAAGAGGUUAUCAGAGAAGGAAAGAAACCAAAAGUGCUGAAGUCAUGGGAGCCGAAGAGGAGGUGCUGGUCACGCUGUCUGGAGGGGCCCCCUGGGGCUUCAGGCUGCAGGGGGGCUCUGAGCAGAAAAGACCUCUUCAGGUGUCAAAGAUCCGCAAGAGAAGCAAAGCCUGCCGAGGAGGCCUGUGGGAAAACGACGAGCUGGUGUCCAUCAAUGGGGAGCUAUGCACUGGCCUUUCCCACGCCAGCGCCAUGCACAUCAUCGACUCCUCCAGCGACACGCUCCACAUUUGUGUGAAAAGGAUGGCUGGCAGAGACCGGUCUGGCACGCGGCCCCUGCACUCACUUUCCCCUGGGCAGCCUCGAGUACUCUCCGCACCCUCCCCAGUCAGCCCAGAGCCAGCUGGUCCCCCAACCAUCACCCCACCUGAGCCACAGCGCAGGCGGCAGCAGCAGCUGGGGAGCCUGACCUCGCCCCCCGACAGCGAGGCGUACUAUGGUGAGACGGACAGUGACGCUGACAACAUUGCCCAGGAGAAGCACCGGCGGGCCCGCAAGAAGAGCCCUCGCUCUCCACCUGGAGGCUCCAACAACAAGCCAGGCGAGCCACAGGAUGAGGUGUCUCUGUCUGAGCUGAGUGGCUAUGACAGCACCCCAGAGGCAGCAGUGCAGGCCGGAGAGGGAGGAGAGAACAUGAGUGGUGUGGCCGAGAGAGAGAUUGUGAAGCAGCCCAGCAGCCUCACGGACACCCCUUUCUCAGAGAGUGAGGUGCUGCUGCAGCCGUCCCCAGCAGAGAGCAGAGAGCUCUCCCCAGAGGCCAUGCUCCUGCCCCAUGCCACCAGGACCAUCCGAGCAGAGCGCCACCUCAUCCCCAUGGUGGGGCCAGUAGAACACCCAGUCGAUGAAGAUUUAACCACCACCUAUGCAGAGAAAGCCAAACUAGCUAAGCUGCACCGCAGUGAGAGCACACAGGAGAAGAAUGUGAAAGAAGCCAAAACCAAAUGUAGGACAAUUGCGUCCCUACUGACGGAUGCGCCGAACCCCCACUCCAAGGGCGUGCUGAUGUUCAAGAAGCGCAGGCAGAGAGCUAAGAAGUACACUCUGGUCAGCUUUGGGAGCGUCGACGAGGACCGCUGUUAUGAGGAGGAGGAUGGUGUCUUCCCAACCAGUGAGUCAGAAUUUGAUGAGGAAGGCUUCUCAGAUGCCCGAAGCUUAACCAACCACUCGGACUGGGACAACACUUACCUGGACAUUGAAAAGCCCAAGCUGGAGUCUGAGCAGCAGCAGGGGCGGACGCAGCAGGGUCUGAGUGAAGCCUCCGGCAGAGGAGCACGGUUAUUUGAGCAGCAGAGGGAGAGGGCUUGUCAGUAUAUGGUGGAGAAAGCCCCAGCUCAGAAGCCAGAGAGCCAUCAGCCAUCGCCAGGUGUCGUGCCAACGCAGAGUGUGAUGAAUGGAGAAGUGCCUACUCCACAGAAGGCCAGCACGGCCCCACUGAGUAUCCAUGUGGAAGCAGUGCAGUUAUCCAGCAAGCUGCCGUCAUCUACCUCUGCUCAGGUCCAGUCUCCACUGGGCAGCAUUGGAGGAGGUGCUCAGCCAUCUCCAGGCACAGAGGGCCUCUUCAACAGAUCCGCACGGCCCUUCACUCCUGGCUUUUCAGGGCAGCGUCCUGUGACUUCUUCUGUCAUCUUCAGGCCUUUGGCUCCCAAGAAAAGUGGUGGCAGUCUGGGAGGACAGAGCACCGCUGCUCCACCUUUCUCACCAGGAACUCCUGUGCCACCUUCCACUGCACCAGUGAUGGCACACAAUGGUCCAGCAAGCUCCUCAACAUCUCUGUAUAUUCCAGUACCAGGCAGGCCAACACCACCAGGGGUACCACAGCUAGCCACAGGCAGAAGUUCUCCUGAGACUAAGACACUCGCAAACCCAGCCAUGACCUCCACAGCUUCCAUAGUUCUAACCGCUCCAGUGGGGGCUACAGCAACACCUCAACCACGAGGGACAUCUUCUUCCUCCUUGUAUAUCAGCCCAGCGCUGCAGCAACCCAGCGUGGUGAGCAGCUCUCUGCUACCAAGCCAGCCAUAUCCUGUUGUCUCCCCAGCUACUCCACGACCUGCUUCUGAGCCCUUAACAUCCAGGGAGCAGCGGAUUGCAGUGCCAGCCCCCCGAACUGGCAUCUUGCAGGAGGCUCGCCGGCGGGGCAGCAAGAAGCCCAUGUUCAAUACCAUAGAAGAGAAGAAGAAAAAUUCACCCAACCCUGAGCUUCUGUCUCUGGUGCAGAACCUGGAUGAGAAACCCAAAGGCGACCACCCAGGGGUGGGCUUUGAGUCUGGGCCUGAGGAGGACUUCCUCAGCCUAGGAGCUGAGGCCUGCAACUUCAUGCAGUCUUCAGGCCGCAAGUUCAAGGCCCCUCCCCCAGUGGCUCCUAAGCCUCAGCAGCAAGGUGCCUCUGCCGGACUAGUAAAUGGUGCCCGUGACAUGCCACAGCUGAAGGGAAAAGGGGCAGAGCUUUUCGCCAAGCGACAGAGCCGCAUGGACAAGUUUGUGGUAGAGGCAGCACCGAAGCCAGGCUCCAAGCCCAGGGCCCCCUCACCCACUCCUUCUCUACCAUCAUCAUGGAAGUAUUCAUCCAACAUCCGUGCCCCACCCCCAAUAGCUUACAACCCCUUGCAUUCCCCCUUCUACCCCCUGGCAGCAAGCAAGUCUCAGGCUAGCAAAGCAGAGAGCAAAGUGAAAAAGGCACCCAGCCAGAAAUCGGGGAUCAAGGCCAUUGAUUUCAUGCGCCACCAACCCUACCAGCUAAAGUCAGCCAUGUUCUGUUUUGGGGAGCCCCCAAGCACUGACACACAGAACCCUCCACCCCAGCCAGCCCAACAGUCCAGCUUGUCUUUCACCCCAGCCAAGCAGGUGCCUGUGAAAACAGCCAGGACCUACGAGAUCCGGCGGUUCUCCACACCUGCUCCCAUGCCCACUUUGAGCAGCCUGGCACCCACAGUCCUCACUCCCCGCUCCGCCACCACACUGGAUGAGCCAGUGUGGAAGACGGACAUGACUUCCUCUGCACCCUCCACCCCUGCCCCUUUUCAGGCCGGUCCCAGCCAGGCCCCAAAGCUGUACCAAAGCUCCCCAGAGCUCAGUCAGGUGGGCCAAGGGACUCCCCCACACCCAGCCUCCUCCUCCGGGUUCCAGGUAGCUAGACCCAGGUUCUCAGCAGCUAAAACUGGGAUGCAGGCGCAUGUGUGGAGGCCAGGCUCUGGGCACCAGUGAACCAGUAGCUGUCUCCUCUACCCCUUCCCCCAUGGGCACGACUGGGUGUGCAACCAAGAUAGUUUCCUUGGGUUUUCUUUAAAGUGAGCUCAAUAAAUUGAGGUGUGUGAAGCAAGAGGCAGAAAGGAGGGGGGACUCCCUUCACGGUCCCCCAUCCCCCUUUGUUUUCAGCCUGGCAGCAUCAAUAUGAGCUUUCCCAGCUGUAGCUAGAGUCAGAGGACGCAGGAGGAAAGCAGAGACAGGGCGAUAGUCUCCAGCCUGCUUCUGCCCACAUCUACAUGGCAAUGAAACCCAAAUGGGGGAAUGGGAGGGGCAGACUGUCAUGCUAAGGGAUGGGUAGCACUUUUCAUCUCCAAUGGGCUUUAGAAACAGGACUCUGUUAACCCUUUCAGUGCCCUAGUAAGGCAGUUGCCGUCCCAUCACUGCAGACAACAAGGCACGGUGUGCAGAAGGAUCCCACCCAGGCUCACAAGGGAAGUGAGUGGCGGAGACAUGACUAUAACCCAGGGUUGACCCCACCCCAAUGAAGUGAGAAAUGAGACAGUGUUUCCCAGGCCUGCCUUUGCAGGGGAGCAGCAGGUGCUUUAGGGGACACUGGGACAGUAAGGGGGUGUGGGCAUCUACUCAGAGUCACAGAACCUCUGCUCGCCCUGCUCAGGACAGCCAUGGAGUGCUCAUACUCUUCCAGCAGCCAGGGCUGUGUUUGAGAUGCCAGCGGAGUCCCACCCUGGGAAUUCCAGCUUCCUGGAGCCCUUCACCCAAGGAGGUGAUCCCAGCUGGCUCCAAGCAGCAGAGAGUAGCUUGGAGGGCUGAAAGGUCGAUGUGGGCCUGUAGUAAGUCUGGAGGAAUGUGAGAGGGAAGGAGGGGUUUCCUGGGAAGCCAGAAGAGCAAAGUGAGGCCCAGCUACUGACUGUGUAGUUCAGAUGCUGUAUAUGGGAGAGAUGGUUCUGUGGGAGAGUGCUGUGCAGGGCUAGCUUGUGAUGGAGUUGGAGCUGACUUUUUGGGUCAGUCUCCUCUCUGGCAGGCGUUUUGGCUGCUGGAGUGGAGGCGAUGAGCAAUGUGAAGUUCCCUUGAGGACUCUUUGCUCAGCUGAGGAGGUCGGCCCCUCACAUGGGCUGACCCAGCCCAGCUGGAGGCAAUGGGGAGAAGAGUAGAGUAACCCAGUUAGAGCUUCCCCAGAGGGUUUGAUAGUUAUAGAAUAGCCUAAAAUCCCCUGGAAAGUAUCAGCCACUCACCUCCUCCACUGGCACUGACAGUAGGUGGUUAGUCAUUCCUUUCAUAACUUGGUUUAGGGCAGGAUGGCCUCAGACACCUGAGCUGUGCAUAGACUCUUCCCUACACCAAGGACAUGUGACAAGGGAGCACUUCCCUCCCCCGGCAGCCAUGCAGGAUAUCAGCAAGGGCCAUGGGUGAGUGGGUGCAUGCUGAGCUCUGGGCUGCACAUUUCCUGCAUUCUGCCUUCCUUCUCUUCAACCUUGCCCCCUCCCUCUUGUUUCAGCUGCUUUCCUAGCCUGAUCCUGCAGACAGGAGAAAGCAUGCACGCUGCUGAUGCCAAAGGAGUGGGAGUGGGGCCACCACCACUGAAUUCACAACCCUCUCCGCCUUCCCCCCACCCCACCUGAUGACCUCCAAGGAGUGAGACUCUGAGACUAGGGCCAUGACUGCACUACAGUGGCCCAGCUACAGCGCUGUAAUCAUGCCACUGUAACCUCAUUGGAUAGAUGCAGACUACCACAGCGGAACGGGGUUUUUCAUUGCAGUAGGAGCCUCCCCAAGCAACGGUAGCUAGGUUGACAGAAGCAUUCUUCCAUCUUUACCAGAGGUUAGGCUGCCAUAGCUAUGGUGCUCAGGAGUCUAGAUUUUUCACACCGCUGAGUGCCUCAGCUAUGUUAACAUAUGUGUUAAGUGUAGACCAGGCCUAAGCUAUGAACCCCUAGCCCAGGCUGUGAGCUGUCUCCAAGUCAGCAGGCAUGGUCCUUCCUUUGAAUUCUGAUUCAAGAUUAAAGGAGACUGAUCUAAAGCUUUGGGUCAGCAAAACCGGGUUCAGUUCAGGCAGAGACGUGAACUCAGAAGAGAGCACAGAACAGCCCUGUUUCCACUGUCUGACCAAACUGGGUCUGAAAACAGUUUGGCUGGAACAGCACUUAAACCAAACCCAAACUUGCUUUCUACACAUGGUCUCAAGCCCAGUGUCAUCAGGCCCUAUGACAUAGGUCCCUUUUCAAUGAGAGACUAGAGCUCCUGCAUGCCCCAUUGGUACAUGGUUCUAGAGCUUUCUGGUACCUCGUCCCAAUGGUCUGCUGGGACAGAGAGAGUCGGGGAACCUAACACAAUGAGAGGCAGCUCUAUCAUUGGGAUAGAUGGAACAAAAUCAAAGUAAAAUAAACAUAUUCUCAUGCCAGCUCCAUUCACAUUCGACCCAGUCCAGCUGGGCCACUGUGUCCCGGACCCAGAGCUUGUAGUGCAUGUUCCACUGGGAGCUCUGAGGCAGAAACAACAGGACUGGAGACAGUGGCAGUCUCUCCAGGCUUCACUCACCAGCCCAGCAGCCACCAGCAGAGCUGAGGGGAACUUCCCAAAGGGCCCUUCAUCAAUGAGAAAUGGUGCAGCUCAGGUGAUUUGCACCAGAGUCAGAGCCCCCCAUAUUAGCCUUGGCUGGGUGUGAGCAGCCAUGCUGUGAGGCCCUACCUGAGUUAGUGUCCUCACUAGUACUGCACUCUCCCAUGUGUGUUGUUAGGACUUAAAGGGUCAUAGCUCAUGGCUUUCUGUACGGCAGUAACCUGAGCUCCUGUGUGAUUGUUUCCCAGAGCAUUUGAGGAGAACUUGUCUCUCCUUCUGGGCACACAGGAGGAAUUGGGGGAAGGUGCUGGAGGACUAUCAGCGCUCAGAUGGUUUGGUCCACACUGCAAAGUGGGUGGGUUACCAGCCCAAGUGAAAGCCUGACCUGGGCUUUAGUUUAUAGACCCAUGAUGAGUUAAUUAGCCCCGGUGGGAAGCACCAUUAAACUCAGAUAACAGCUAGAGUUUUGUGUGUGGACAGGCAUGAGGUUGGGGCUGUGAAAAGCUUGAGUUAACUCCCUAGUGAAGACAGACCCUUAGAAAAUAAAGAGGUUGCUCUAAUACCACUGGCUGUCAGAGAAUUACCCAGAGGAGACUGGGCGUGUUCUCAGGGAGUGACUGUGUUGGGAGCUCCAGUUCAGCACACAAGAGUCUCAGGAAGAACGAGUAUCUGAAACUGGGAUUAAUGGUGAUUUAAUCUGACCUAGUUUGAGUCCUAAUAUGGAGAAAUGUACUAACGUGAGAGUAAGAGGUCAGAACAGGGAGGGUGGGGGUGGUGCAUUGGAUAUGGGAUUUCACCCCUAGAAACCUGGAGUCAAAUCCGUAUCCAGAACCAAGUUAGAGGAGUCUCAGAUGGCUCUCAGCCUAGCGUUUUGCUGACAUCAGUUCACGUCACAUCCUGACCCCACCGUUGUCCACCUGUGUUCAGGCAAGGACCAGGAUUGGAGCAGCAGGGGAAGCUGCAGGCCAGGACUGAGGGCUACAAUAGACAUGAGGUGUGAGUCACGAUUGAGAUGCAUGCAUCAGCUGAGCUGUACCUGGGACUGGGAAGAAGUCUACACAGUACCCGCCUGCACCAUUGCUGGCUUCUGCCACUAUUGCCAGCAUCUAUGCAGGAGAGACCCAGAGGUGUCACAGGACAGAAUACAAGAGGUGCAUUUUUAGCAUGAGGUGGGAUUCAGUGCAACUAAAGUGAGCCUCCUCCCAGGACUGCAGCUGGGAACUUACUGCUGUUAUUUCACUACCUCACACCAGAGCAGGGAAAAAACUCCCCCAACUAGAACAGGAAGUGGGGAGGAGUGGUUCAUGGCUCCAUCCCAUAACUACUCUGGAGAAGCCAGUUACCCCUCUCAUGACCACUUGCCGAAAGUGGGGCAGCUCACUGUCACAUGGGAGGCCCUCUGAAGGGCCAGGCACCAGCCUCCCUGUGACAAGCUCUGCUAAGGAGAAUGAGCCAACCUAGAUCCACCUGGAGAUGGUUAAUGGGAUGAGUAACUGGGUGGUAGUUAAUUACUACCCGAACACUGUGGCCUGCAAGGGUUAGGAGUGCCCCAUUCACAAAUUAAUGACCACCCAGCUAAUUAUCCCAUUAACCAGCCCUAGGCGGAUCUGGGUUGGCUCAUUCUCCGCAGUGGAGUUUUUCGCAGGAGGCUGGUGCCUGACCCCUUAGAGGCCAGCUCCUGUGACUUCUGCCUGCAGCCUACCUUAAUUGUAAAAUUCACCAGCUGUUUAGGCAGAAAGUUUGUGUAAAGUUCUAGCUCACCACCAUGUUGCAGAGACAGGCCCAACCCUCACUGAGCAUUUGGACACUUAGUGAGGGGUCCAUUUUAUAGAUCCCCAUGGUUUUCCCUUCUCUCUUUGGCAUGUUUGUAGGUUACAAAAUUACAGGGAUUGCAAGAUAGGAAAGGUAUUUAGGUCUCCCUAGAUUCAGAAUAGAAGAGCCCACUGUGGCAUCCACCAGCAGAGGUAGUACUAGCCCAUUGGGGGCCCUAAGCAGGAAUAUUUGUGCCCCCCCAACACAUAAUAAAAAGGGAUUAGGGGCCCUCCUUGAGCUGCUCCAGGCCCUAUGCAAUUGCUUAGUGUACUUAUGCCUAGUGCUGGUGGCUCUGAGUAGAAGCUUUGAGCUAAUGGGCUGGCUGAGGUGGAGAUGUCGCAUAUGAGUCUGGUAUGAAGAAGCAGCUGCCUUUGGCCACAGCAGCUGCUCCCCACUCCCCUCCCCUGAGUCUUGAUGAUAGAGGAGCAGGAAUAAGACUAGGGAACAGCUGUGUGUGCCCGUGGGAAAGUGAGGAUAAGCUGAGGACAGGCUUCCAAAGGAGGGCACAGGGGCUCCUGCCUACAGAUAACUAGGGCCCUACCAAAUUCAUGGUCCAUUUUGGUCAAUUUCAUGGUCAUAGGAUUUAAAAAAUUGUAAAUUUCAUGAUGUCAAUUAUUUAAAUCUGAAAUUUCAAGGUGGUGUAAUUUCAGGGGUCCUGACCCAAAAAGGAGUGGUGGUGGUGGUGGUGAUGGGUUGCACUGUUGCUACUCUUACUUCUGCGUUGCUGCUGGCAGUGUCACUUCCUUCAGAGCUGGGCAGCUGGAAAGUGGCAGCUGCUGUCCAGAAAUCCAGCUCUGAAGGCAGAGCUGCCACCAGCAGCAGCACGGAAAUAAGGGUGGCAUGGUGUGGUAUUGCCACCCUUCCUUCUGUGCUGCUGCCUGCAGAGCUUGACCCUCAGUCAGCAGCUGCCAUUCUCCGGCUUCCCAGCUUUGAAGGCUGCAGAAGUAAGGGUGGCAAUACCGCAAUCCCCCUAAAAUAACCUUAUGACACCCUCCCGUGCAACUCCCUUUUGGGCAGGACCCCCAUUUGAGAAACAUUGGUCUCCCCAGUGAAAUCUGUAUAGUAUAGGGUUAAAGCACACAAAAAAAACAGAUUUCAUGGGGGGAGAGCAGAUUUCGUGGGCCGUGACACAUUUUUCACAGCCAUGAAUUUGGUAGGGCCCUAAAGAUAACCCAUCACCUGCAGAAGAGCAGGUCUGUUCUCCAGUCGGAUUCAGCGUCCCCUCUCUCUCCGCAGCAGGAGUAUUUGGGACUAGAUACCUGGAGGACAUUGCCAUCCCCUCCCCAAACCUCUUUUCAGGGGCCUAUGGGGUUUGUAGCUGCUCUUGAUGGAUAACAACUGAGAUGUUGUUAGCUGUGCCCUGAAGGUAAGCAGUGUCAUCUCCCUUUCACUUCCACACACCCCUGGCCUAGGCACCACUGCACUAAGGACACCUGUAGGAACACCCCUCUUUUGUUUUCCCAUUUGUUUAUCACACACUAGUCAGGUACAACCAAGGAUUGUUCCCUAGCUACAUUUUGCUCCCCUCCUUCUGCAGGGUCUAGCAGUUCCCCUGUGCUCCUGUGAAGAAAUUUGUCAGUGCUCAGAGAGGGGGAUGGACCUGAGGGGUAGUGACCGUGGAAGGAGAACCAGGUUUGGUUUCUAUAUGUAUGGAAAUAGUUUUCUUUUGUGUUUUUGAUUUACAGUCACUUUACACUUGUUUGUGCAGAGGAAUAAACUUCUGAUAUGCACUUU